AUGUCAGUUGAAGUAGAUAAGCACCGGAACACACUACAGUAUCAUAAAAAGAACCCUUACUCCCCUUUAUUCUCCCCAAUUUCUACAUAUAGGUGUUAUCCUCGGGUAUUGAACAAUCCCUCCGAGUCUAGAAGAUCAGCCAGUUUUAGUGGUAUUUAUAAAAAAAGAACCAAUACGUCAAGAUUCAAUUAUUUAAACGACCGCCGUGUUUUAUCAAUGGAAGAAUCAAUGAAAGAUGGGUCAGAUAGAGCUAGUAAAGCUGGUUUUAUAGGAGGCAUAAGAGAAACUCUUUGGAACUCAGGUAAGUACUUAUGGCACACAUUUGUGAAAAACGAACCUCGCAAUUUUGAUGGUUCUGAAGUAGAAGCAAGUGGUAACAGCGACGUUGAGAGCAGAAGUUCUGGAAGUAGGAGCAGUGACGUACCAUAUGGUCUACGUGAAAAUUAUUCCUCGGAUACAAGAAAACACAAAUUCGAUACGUCGACGUGGGCCUUACCAAAUAAAAGGAGAAGAAUCGAAAGUGAAGGUGUGGGGACACCUUCAACCUCACCAAUCAGCUCUUUGGCUUCUCAAAAAAGCAAUUGUGAUAGUGACAAUAGCAUAACUUUUUCGAGAGAUCCUUUUGGUUGGAAUAAGUGGAAAACAAGUGCUAUUGGUUCUAACUCAGAAAAUAACACUUCUGAUCAGAAAAAUAGCUACGACAGGCGACAGUAUGGGACAGCCUUUAUUAGAAAGAAAAAAGUUGCAAAACAGAACAUUAACAAUACUAAACUGGUGUCGAGAGCACAAUCUGAGGAAGUAACAUAUUUACGACAAAUAUUCAACGGAGAAUAUAAAGUUCCAAAAAUAUUAAAAGAAGAAAGAGAAAGACAGUUAAAAUUAAUGGAUAUGGAUAAGGAAAAAGACACUGGCUUAAAAAAGUCUAUAAUCGACUUAACUGAAAAGAUCAAAACAAUUUUAAUUGAGAACAACAAGAACAGACUACAGACAAGAAAUGAAAAUGAUGAUGAUUUAGUAUUUGUUAAAGAAAAAAAGAUAUCUUCUUUGGAAAGGAAACAUAAGGAUUACUUAAAUCAAAAGUUGAAGUUUGAUAGAUCUAUAUUAGAGUUUGAGAAAGACUUCAAAAGAUAUAACGAAAUUUUAAAUGAAAGAAAGAAGAUUCAAGAAGAUCUUAAAAAAAAGAAAGAACAAUUGGCCAAGAAGAAACUUGUUCCUGAAUUAAAUGAAAAAGACGAUGACCAAGUACAAAAAGCUUUGGCAUCUAGAGAAAAUACUCAGUUAAUGAAUAGAGAUAAUAUAGAGAUAACAGUACGUGAUUUUAAGACCUUGGCACCACGAAGAUGGCUAAAUGACACUAUCAUUGAGUUUUUUAUGAAAUACAUUGAAAAAUCUACCCCUAAUACAGUGGCGUUUAAUUCAUUUUUCUAUACCAAUUUAUCAGAAAGGGGUUAUCAAGGCGUCCGGAGGUGGAUGAAGAGAAAGAAGACACAAAUUGAUAAACUUGAUAAAAUCUUUACACCAAUAAAUUUGAACCAAUCCCACUGGGCGUUGGGCAUAAUUGAUUUAAAAAAGAAAACUAUAGGUUACGUAGAUUCAUUAUCGAAUGGUCCAAAUGCUAUGAGUUUCGCUAUACUGACUGACUUGCAAAAAUAUGUUAUGGAGGAAAGUAAGCAUACAAUAGGAGAAGACUUUGAUUUGAUUCAUUUAGAUUGUCCGCAGCAACCAAAUGGCUACGACUGUGGAAUAUAUGUUUGUAUGAAUACUCUCUAUGGAAGUGCAGAUGCGCCAUUGGAUUUUGAUUAUAAAGAUGCGAUUAGGAUGAGAAGAUUUAUUGCCCAUUUGAUUUUAACCGACGCUUUAAAAUAG